AUGGCGGGGAAGAGGCCGCGGGACGCGGGCCGCCAGCGCCGGCUGCUGGGGCUGCUGGUGGCCGUGGCCGCCGCGCACCUGGCCGCCUGCCCCUACACCAAGGUGGAGGAGAGCUUCAGCCUGCAGGCGGCGCACGACCUGCUCUACCACCGGCUGGACGUGCAGCAGUAUGACCACCUGGAGUUCCCGGGCGUGGUGCCCCGGACGUUCCUGGGGCCGCUGGUCCUCGCCGCGCUGUCCAGCCCCGUGGUGUGCGUGCUCUCUCUGCUGGGCUCGUCCAAGUUCUACUCUCAGCUGACAGUCAGAGCCGUCCUUGGACUCGGGGUGAUGUUUGGACUCUGGACUUGGCAGAAGGAAGUGCGACGGCACUUCGGGGCCACGGUGGCCUCCCUGUUCUGCUGGAUGACGGCCUCGCAGUUCCACCUGAUGUUCUACUGCACGCGGACGCUGCCCAACGUGCUGGCGCUGCCCGUGGUGCUGCUGGCCCUGACGGCCUGGCUGCAGCAGCGCUGGGCCCGCUUCAUCUGGCUCUCGGCACUCGCCAUCCUGGUCUUCCGGGCCGAGCUGAGCCUGCUCCUGGGCCUCGUGCUGCUGCUGCUGCUCUGCACCCGGCGGCUGUCCGUGGCCAGGGCCCUGCGCCACGCCGUGCCCGCCGGCCUGCUCUGCCUCGGACUGACGGUGGCUGUGGACUCUUGGUUUUGGCGCUACCUCGUGUGGCCGGAAGGCACCGUGCUCUGGUACAACACCGUCCAGAACAAGAGCUCCAACUGGGGCACCUCCCCGCUGCUGUGGUACUUCUACUCGGCUCUGCCGCGGGGCCUGGGCAGCAGCCUGCUGUUCGUGCCACUGGGCCUCGUGGACAGGAGGGCCUGGGCGCUGCUCCUGCCGGCACUGGGGUUCGUGGCCCUGUACUCGCUGCUCCCCCACAAGGAGCUGCGCUUCGUCAUCUACACCUUCCCCCUGCUGAACGCCGUGGCCGCCCGGGGCUGCGCCCGCCUGCUGAACAACGGCAGGAAGUCCUGGCUGCACCGAGCAGGCUCCCUCCUCGUGCUGGGGCACCUGGUGCUGAACGCCGCCCACUCGGCCACGGCCCUGUACGUGUCCCACUUCAACUACCCCGGCGGCGUGGCCAUGCAGCGGCUGCACGAGCUGGUGCCGCCCCAGGCAGACGUCGUCCUGCACAUCGACGUGGCUGCUGCCCAGACGGGCGUGUCUCGGUUCUUGGAGGUCAACGGCGGCUGGAGAUACGAGAAGAGGGAGGACGUGCAGCCCGGGUCGGAGCACAUGCUGGCCUACACGCACCUGCUCAUGGAGGCGGCCCCGGGGCCCCUGGCCCUCUACCGGGACACACACCGGGUGCUGGCCAGCGUCGUGGGCACCACGGGGGUCAGUCUGAACCUGACCACGCUGCCUCCCUUCAGCGUCAACCUGCAGACAAAGCUGGUGCUUCUGGAGAGACGGCUCGGGCCCUCCUGA